GCCAAUAUCGCAACAGAUACCGCAUAGUUUUUUAAUUAAUAUGAAAGACUCCAACCAAUUUCAUACUGAUAAACAAGGGAUUUCCAAGGAACAGUUAAGCACAAAAAAAAUCAUGAAAUAAAUUUUGUUUUUUUGCAUAAAUCAAUUAAAAUUUUUCCUCAUUUGAAGUGAAAUAAAAUAAUGUUGAGGUUUUUAUUCAAUUGUUGACGCAGAUGAAAAACGGCGCAAAUAACAUAAACAACAGCUGCUCGCCGCUGCUUUCACUCUGACUCUGAGGGGACGUGUGAUUAUUGCACUAGUUAUUGAAGUAUUAUUGCUCCGCAUUGCUUCAACUCUGAUACGAAAGCUUUAUACAGAGUUAUGACAAAAUGGGAAUGAUGCUGACUCAUAGGAUUCCACAUGGAAAUGGAAGGCACCCAGUUGUCCACCGGCACAGGAGAAGUGAUCAUGAGGUUCGACAUCUGGGCACAAUGCAGCUCUGCCUCAAGGUGCACUGGACCCUGCUGGCCAUGUGUGCUGUCUGUGCCUGCUGGCUGAUGCUGCUCUACCUCUACCUGGGUCUGGAGGGAGGCACCGGCUCUGCCUCAUCGCCGGCACCGCUCACCACAGAGCCAUCCCAGCGCACCACCGAGCCAAGACGCCUGAGACCGGUGGCCAGACAUGAGGCCCGGGGUGGGGCAGGGCCUGAUAUGGAGAGACUGGGCAGGGUUGGAUCAGAGGCAGACCGUCGUAAGAAGACCGAGGGGUACGAGAAACAUGCAUUCAACACUCUGGUCAGCGAUCGGAUUGGACUGGAGCGUGCCGUCCCAGAUACCAGACACAGCUGGUGCCAGAACCAGACGUACCCGUCUGUGCUGCCUGACGUCAGCGUCGUCAUCUGCUUCUACAACGAGGACGAGACGGUGCUGCUGCGCACCCUGCAGGCGCUGCUGGAGCGCUCGCCGGCCCACCUGCUGCGGGAGGUGCUGCUGGUGGACGACAGCAGCGACGACCCGACCCUGGCGCCGGCCGUGCGGGCGCACAUCGAGAGCCGCCAGCUGCAGCACGCGGUGCGUCUGAUCCGGUCCGACAUUCGGCUCGGUCUGAUCCGCGCCCGGCUGCGCGGGGCUGCGGAGGCCACUGGAAAGGUGCUGGUGUUUCUCGACUCGCACGUGGAGGUGAACACGGACUGGCUGCGGCCGCUGCUGGCGCCCAUCGCCGCCGACCGGCGCACCGUCACCGUGCCCGUCAUCGACGUCAUCAGCGCCGACACGUUCCGCUACACGGCCUCGCCACUGGUGCGCGGCGGCUUCGGCUGGGAGAUGCACUUCAAGUGGGUGGCCGUGCCGCCGGAGAGGCUGCGGACCGACGAGGACCACGUGCGACCCAUAGACACCCCAGCGAUGGCCGGUGGUCUGUUCGCCAUGGACCGGCGGUACUUUUUCGAGCUGGGCGGCUACGACGAGGGGAUGGACAUCUGGGGAGGCGAGAACCUCGAGCUGUCGUUUAGGGUGUGGAUGUGCGGCGGCCGGAUGCAGAUCGUGCCCUGCUCCCGUAUCGGUCACGUGUUCAGGAAGCGGCGGCCCUACGAUAACCCCGAGGGCACGCGCUCCACGCUGCAGAACCUGCUGCGGCUCGUACUCGUCUGGCUCGACGAGUACAAGGACCACUUUUACGACGCGUUUCCGGACGCUGCGGGGAUGGAGUACGGAGACGUCUCCAGCCGGAUCAAACUCCGACAGAAACUCAACUGCAAGUCCUUUAAAUGGUACCUGGAGACGGUGUACCCGGAGCUGGAGGUACCGGAGACGCGCGGCCGGCAGCCGGGCGGGCUCGUCCUGCCCGGUACCGCGCACGACCGCACGGUCGGCUCGGUGCGGCUGAGACUGGCGGGCACAGGGCUCUGCCUGCGAGUGGCGGACGGAGCGGGCGCCUCGCUGGGGGAGUGUGCAGACCACCACCCGGACCAGGUGUUCCGGGAGACGGGUCGCCAGGAGCUCUCGCAGGGGGAGCGGUGUCUGCAGGCGUCUGCCGCCGACGAGUCGCCCACUCUGGCCGAGUGUCACCGAUCACUGGGCGACCAGCAGUGGAACUACGGCGCAAAGGUGGGCUCGCCGGUGUAUAACCUGGCGGUCGGCCUGUGCCUCUCGGCCCCGGAGCGGCGUCCCGGCGCCCCUGUCGCAAUGACAGAGUGCCGAGACGAGCCGGGCCUCACCUGGGACGUGCUGGCCGAGAGCUGACCCCGCAGUGACCUGAGAGCUGACCCCGCAGUGACCCAGCAGUGACCGGCAGUGACCCGGGCCGGGUCGGACCGCCGGCGGUCCGCCGCCGACUGGAGCGGCUGGCGGAGAGCUGACCUCGCAGUGACCCGCAGUGACCCGCAGUGACCCGGGCCGGGUCGGACCGCCGACUGGGCCGGCUGGGGCGCGUGUUAGGAUGGCGGUUUGGUGGCAGGCGGGGACGGGAUAUGUAGCAGAGGGAGAGGGGUAGGGGGUAGACGUGUUUUGUCCCCAAGGGACCUAUGGAACUGUCGGGGGAGCGGACGGAGCAUGAGCCUGCAGAUCUGAUCAGGGGGUGAAUGGUGGUCUCUGGGUAUGAUAGAGCACGGUCAAUGGUAAACAGCACACGCAUCGGUGGGGGCGGAUCGAAUCACCGAAUUGUUUUACCUGGAUGUGCAGAUGUAUAAUAUGCAGGCACUAAUCGCGAAUGUCUGCUACAGAGCUUGUGCAGUCUUUGUUUUGUUAAUCAAUUUGAUAUUUUUAUAAGAAUUUUAAUGUUGAGCCGUUAAUGUGUGCUGUAUGAUUGGCUGGCUGGAAUCGCUGUGUGAUCUGUUUCACCGAACUAACCCCACUGCCAGUGCCGUCUCAUUCCAUCGUAACAAUCUUACACCGUCAACGUUGCUGGUUUUACUGAUCAAACCAGAAUGGCCGCAUGGCUUACGAUUUAACUGCACAAUAUUGGCGUCUUAUAAUGAUCGCGAUAGACCGGUUUUGCGAUUAAUCGGACCACGUCUGUUGAGGUUGUGACGGUUGUGUUUGGGCGUUACGGUAUAGAAAUACUAACGCUGAUCAGUGAGAUUUCGCCAUGUCGUAUAGUGCUGUAGCGGAUUCACGUCAGGUCGAAAGUACUUCGUGUUUUAUAUGUCGCUCGUUUUUAUUUCGGCAAAACUUUCUAGUAUCGUGUUUUGUGCAUUGUGUCCGUUCGUGCACAUCGCUGGUAGGUAUCGUACGGCACUAGGCUGAUAUGGUGGCGUCACGUCCUUUUGUCGCUUGAAGCAGCUGAGUCACGUGCAGUUGGUUGUUGGUUGUGGUGGCAAUCAGAUGCGUCAGAUGGGCCUUUCUCGACAAGAGGAUCGAUAAAUGGCCCGAGGGAAUGCUAUUUUGUGAGUGUUUGUGCCCCGACACAGGCUUCGUAAAAAUGAUGCUCCUCGAUGAGCCGGGACGUAGUGAAGCACUGCAUUGUCGUUCCGUUUUGCAACUUGAUGAUGCUAUAACACCCGAAAGGCAAUAAAAUCACUUCGUUUUCA